AUGGCUUCUGUCACCGUGCGCCUACCCUGUGCCACCUCUGCGCCCGCAGCCUCCGCGUCUGAGCCAAAUGGCGCAAUAUCCCGCCUGCGCGCGCUGACCAGCAGCGCGCCGUCGGCGCUGCUUCCCCGCCCGCCCCUCACCCUGCGCGCCAAGCCCGCACAGCAGAAAACGAAGUCCCGCGUCUGCGCAGCGCGCCCCGUGAUCACAGCCUCAGCGGCAUCUGCGCCGGAAUAUCUGGAGGCGCUGCUGGACGCGCCGCCGGCCGUGGCGCGGCAGGAGGUGACGGCGUUCGCGCCGGCGACAGUGGCGAAUCUCGGCCCGGGAUUCGAUUUCCUCGGAUGCGCCGUGGAGGGGCUUGGCGACCACGUCACGGCUCGGAUUCUGGACGUGCCCGCCCCGCCCUCGGGCAACAUCAUCAUCGAGAGCAUUGAGGGCGACAACGGACGGCUGGGAUUCGAUCCCACCACCAACUGCAUCGGGAUCGCUGCCCGCGCCACCAUGGAGCUCCUCGGCCUCUACGGCCUGGACGGCAAGGGCGGAAGCAGCGGAUCAGGAUCAAAUCUUCCCGUGAUCGGCCUCACUCUGAACAAGGGCUUGCCAUUGGGGAGUGGACUGGGUUCCAGUGCUGCGAGUGCAGCAGCAGCAGCCGUGGCAGUGAACGCUCUCUUUGGCUCGCCGCUCUCCAAAGCACAGCUGGUGCUGGCGGGGUUACAAUCCGAAGCUGCGGUGAGCGGUUACCAUGCGGACAACGUUGCGCCGGCGCUCAUGGGGGGCUUUGUGCUCGUGCGGUCGUACCGGCCGCUGCAUCUCAUCCCGCUCGCGUUCGGCGAGGGGAAGAAGCUCUUCUUUGUGGUCGUGACGCCGGCGUUUGAGGCGCCCACCAAGGAGAUGCGGGCAGCGCUGCCAAAGGAGAUCACGAUGGCAUCACAUGUGGCCAACAGCAGCCAGGCAGCGGCUCUCAUCCAUGCCAUCCACACGGGCGACGCUCGCCUGCUCGGUGCUGCCCUCGCUUCGGACACGAUAGUGGAGCCACGGCGCUCACCUCUGAUUCCCGGGAUGUCAGCAGUUAAGGUAGCAGCCAAGGCAGCGGGGGCACAUGGGUGCACCAUCAGUGGGGCAGGCCCGACUGCCGUGGCAGUGGUGGAUAGUGAGGAGGUUGGCCGGGCUGUAGGAGCAGCCAUGGUUGAGGCAUUCCAAGAGCAGGGGAAGCUUCAUGCUAAAGCUACUGUGGCUGCCCUGGACUCAGUUGGUGGGAGAGUAGUAUAG